AUGGGCGGGAACUGCAUCAUUGCCUGGGCGUCAGACUCCUCACAGGAGGCAGUGGGGCAAGAGAGCGCAGAGGCAGGACGCCCCCAGCCCUACAAUGGCCUGAGCACAGGCCACCGGGCGCUCUCGGAGAUCGGGGAGGGGAGCCUGGCACCAGCAGCUGGGAGGGCGAGCCGCCCCAGCUCCCGCCGCCCCAGCUCCCGCCGCAGGACGUCGCGCUCCGUGCCGGGCCCCGAAGAGGCAGUCACCCAGGACUGCCUGCAGCUGAUCGCAGACAGCGGCACGCCCACCAUCCGCAAAGGGCUCUACACCUUCGUGCCGUGGCUGCUGAGCUUUAAGAGGGGGACGGCCCUCGAGGAGAGAGAGAACAAAAUCCUGGUGAAGGAGACCGGUUACUUCUUCAUCUACGGCCAGGUCCUGUACACCGACAGCACCUUCGCCAUGGGGCACCUCAUCCAGCGGAAGAAGGUGCACGUCUUUGGGGACGAGCUGAACCUGGUGACUCUGUUCCGAUGUGUCCAGAACAUGCCCGGGACCCUGCCCAACAACUCCUGUUACUCGGCGGGCAUCGCAAGGCUGGAGGAAGGGGAUGAGCUACAGCUUGCAAUCCCACGCGAAGACGCUAAGAUAUCUCAGGAUGGAGAUGGCACGUUUUUCGGCGCUCUGAAGCUGCUGUGACCUGCUCACACCUCAUCGCUGGCGCUUUCCCUCUGCUCCUCUGUACCUCUAAGGAGAAAACAUUUAACUGGAAAUACCGAAAGGGGAAAACUAUGUCAUUACCGUAGCCUUUGCUGAGAGCUGUUUGUGUCGGUUUGCUGGAACCAGACCAAAACAGGAAAUUUGACCGGCAGCCGCAGCCAAAGGGUGUCAUGUGAAUUACAAGAAAUAGGGCCCGUGUAGGGAAUGGGCAGGCCAGGGCCUUUCCUCUCAUGCCACCAGAACAGUCUGGGCACGGCUUCCGGCCGGGGAGCACAGGACUCACGGGCAGGAGUCACUUCUCCAGAGCUGGUAUCGCAGCCUUUGCCUGGCGGACAGCGAGGUGCUUCCGGGGUCUCGGGUCUAUGCUCUAGUUUCCGGUCAGACACCUUUCUCCCUUCUCAGUGAACGAUGUGGAAAAGAAAUAGUUACAGAAUCGUGCACCUGGUCCGUGACAAGUCACUGAGAGUUCAAACCGAUCAUGUGAGAUCAUGAGAAUCAGAGCAGGAGACGGAGAGUGUCUGAGCCCGGUUGGUCGGCGCGUGUGAUUGUAUCUCUGACGUUCUAUCUUGGCAGUUGGAACAUGCCCAGACAUUUCUUCGCACGGGGGAGGUAGUUCCCUCAUGGUCUCUGCUUCCAGGUAGACUUAGAGCUAACUUCAGUCACUUCAAAAAGCCUUAAAGUGAGGAAUCCAGGGCAAGCCUGUGAGCAUGACUGGAAGUCACGACAGCGCUUUCUGUAAAAACAUCUCCAGCACCAGUUAGGAAUAAUCCGUUUGUAAAAUGCCACCCCUUACUCCUAACCUUGUUUCUAACCGCUACGACUAGUUCCAGCCUGCGCCACGGACGCGUGUUACCAGCGUUAGAAGUGGGGGCUUCGCUUGGGUCCUCGGCGUCCUGAAACAAGCCGUUCGCCACAUGGCUGGUCACAAGAUGGCGAUACCCAGAGGUCGGCCUCCACGUCACCCCGGAGAGCCGCAGGGUUGCAGCUUAAAUAUCUGCUUGUCUCUUUUUCAUGUCAUUAAAGACGAAAGCAUGUCCUUCAUCCAACCAUCUAUUGUAUUCGUUUAUACAGGACAUGGGAGAAGAGACCCACAGCGAUUUUCCUUAGUCUGUUUACAAAGACAUACUUUUUUCAAAGAAGAAAAUGAUUUGUAUUUUGUCUCUGCAAGUAAACUGUCAAAAA